AUGGAGGCAAACCAGACGGCUGCACCUGCUACUAGCGGUAAUCCAACUCAACAGAGCACACCAGCAAAGUCAGAGAAGACCACUGCUUAUGUGCCUGAAGUGGAUGACGCGCCAGACCCGGAUGAGGAUGACCUCGACGAUUUGGAUGACAUGCUAGAUGACUUCUCACAUGUGAACUUGGAGACAAAGGGGCCUGCGGCACCUCCACCAAUACCCAAGGCCCCCGCAGCAGCGGCACCUACGGCGAGCGCAUCCACGUCUGCCCCGCCAAAGGCAUCAGUAGAGACGGAGAAUCCUUUGGAGGGACUAGAUGAUCUCUCUGACGAAGAAUUCCAGAAGCAGCUCCAAGCCGGCAUGGCGGAACUGAUGAAUGGCUUGAACGAUUCGCCGGAGAUGAAAGCCCAAUUCGAGGAAAUAUUCAAGGGACUUGGAACAGCCCCCGCCUCGGAAGGAACCGGUAUCCCCGGGCCGGACCCGGCCCCGCAACCGUCGGGUAAGGCGCCGGCUGCGGGCUUGGGCCAGGAUGCAUCGUUUCAGGAGACGAUCCGCCGGACGAUGGCCCGGAUGCAAGAAUCGGGGGACCAGGCUACGGCGGCGGCGGCGGCCGAGGGCUCCGAGGACGACUUCAUCGCCGAGAUGCUGAAGGCGAUGAAGGACAUCCCCGGCGAAGGCGGCAGCGAGGAGGACUUUUCAAAGAUGCUCAUGGGCAUGAUGGAGCAGCUCACUAACAAGGAGAUCCUGUACGAGCCCAUGAAGGAGCUCAACGGUAAGUUCCCCGGCUGGAUGGAGAAGAACAAGACUGGCCUGCCGAAAGAGGACCUCAAGCGCUACCAGGACCAGCAGGUAUUAGUGGCGGAGAUGGUGGCCAAGUUCGAGGAAUCGACGUAUUCCGACUCCAACGCGGCGGACAGGGAGUACAUCGUAGACAGGAUGCAAAAGAUGCAAGCAGCAGGCUCGCCACCCAACGACCUGGUCGGGGACAUGCCGUCUGCCAAGGAGGUGCUUGACGGACCUGACGAGGCGUGCGCAACUCAGUGA